AUGCUCGCACUUGUGCUUUGGAUUGUCAUUCUUGCUCUAGCUUUGCCGCAAAGCAAUGCCGCUACAGUGACCCAAAGCGCCUCAACGCCGACACAGCUCAAGAAGACACCCGGUUUCUGGCACGGUUUCCUCGAUCUUCCUUCUCUUCGGCCCAAACCAUCAACUAUAGACCUUCCGCAUCUGUCUAGCAUUCUGAUUCCUGGUCUGACGCCCAUGCCCAUGCCUACAGGGACUUUGUCAGGCAGGGUCGUUUGGAUCACAACAACGCCAGGCGGCGGGGUGACAACAGUCACUUCAGUCAUAACGAGUGUAGUGAUGGCCUCACUGCCACCCACCACUGUCACUACAUGGGUACAACCAAGCAACGCUGCGGAGCGUGAAGAACAGCUUCCAAGGGAGGUGAAUGAAGACUCGUCCUCCACCCCUGCUAUCAUAAAUCUACCUGAGGCAGUCCUGAAGCGAGAAGACGACACGGAAGACAAAAAGGACGACACAUUACUCUCGCCCAACACCAAGGAAGCCACCACCCUCCUCCGCCACAGAGACAACCUCUCAACCCCCAGACUUACCAGACGCACAACAAAAGUGUAA